ACCUCCAUAUGCCACGGAUGCGGCCCUAGAAAACACACACACACACAAAAAGUCUUUUAGAAUCUAUUCUUUCUGAAAAACUGUAAAUAAGGAAAGUGUAAGUAAAAUCCAAGGACAUAAAUAAUCAGUGAUAGCAAAGGGCACAGGGUAAAGAAAGAUUACCUACCCUGGAACCCAGCCAGCUCAUGGUCACAUCUUUCCUGUGCCUGUACUACAAAAUACAACUUAAUGAGAAAAUGUAGUCUACAUUCAUACAUUCCAGGAUUCACCUGGAGCCUAUUUAAUAAUCAGUAUUAGUAUGUUUUGAAUGCUAAAUUUUACACUCCUAAGGACCCCAGGUAGGGAGUUAGGCCUAGAGGUGAGGACCCUCUGUGGGAUCCACACAGCUCCUGGCGGUCCUCUACUGUGGCAGCUGUGUGUUACGUACUGAGUGUUUGUGUCUUACCCCCACGCCCAGUCCAUAGGUUGAGGCCCUAACCCCGAGUGUCACAGUAUUAGGAAGUAGUCUUUGUGAGGAGAUUAGGGUUAGGUUAUGAGUUUGUGCCCAUGAUGUGAUUCGUGUCCAUAUACGGCACAGAGCAGAGCCAGCAGCCUCUCUGGCAUGUGAGGGCCUAUGAGAAGGCAGCCCUCUGCACGAGGGAAGAUACCUCUCACCAGGAGUCAGGUGGGCCAGAGCCCGGAUCGUGGACUUCCAACUUCCAGAACUGUGAGAAAUAAAUGUAUUUCAGCCACCCACUCGGGGGUUUUGACAGCACAGCCCAAGUUAGCCAGGCCACCAUGCAUCCCCUCUCACUGAGUUCUUUGUGGGCGCUCUCUGGCAGAGUGAUGCCUACAACACAAAACCAGGAACAACGGCGGGCUUGUCAUCAGGCUGUGCUUCAUGUUGCAGUACUUGUCCCGGCACAGGGCUUGUGUGGAGCCGGCGAUAAAGAGAUCUGCCCCAGGCCUCCGUGGUGCCUUGCGGGGUGGUGAUAGGCACUACUGCUUUCAGUGGACACACCGCGAGACUGUGCGCCCCCUUGCUCAGCAUCGCUGGAAGUCACAUGCUUUUUUGUAUCUAGACUCUUUGGGAAGGACGGUGUGAAGAAAUAAAGUUCAAGUCAGUCUUUAGGUUCCUGCAAGGUGCUUGGGAGCUGAUCAAGACUUCAAGCUAAAGAUGGUGAUGCUGAGUCGCCUGAGGGUCAUCCUUCAAGCCUCUCCGUGCAGGGCACUGUGGAGAAGGUUCCAGAUUCCGAGGUCCAUGUCAGCGAGACCUUGCAGCCUCUACACCUGCACUUACAAAACCCGGAACCGAGACUUGCACCCUCUCUGGGAGAGCGCGGACCUGGUCCCGGCGGGCGAGCGCCAGUCGCCCAUCAACAUCCGCUGGAGGGACAGUGUCUAUGAUCCUGGCUUAAAACCGCUCACCAUCUCUUAUGACCCGACCACCUGCCUCCACGUCUGGAAUAACGGGUACUCGUUCCUCGUGGAAUUUGAAGAUUCUACAGACAAAUCAGCUAGGCAAGCCAUCAUAAAGAGGUACAGAUUGGUUGAUACUGUGGCAUCAAUUAUUCAUGAGGACACGCUUGUGGAAUUUGGGUCAUUCGACCCUUCCUGCCUGAUGCCCACCUGCCCAGAUUACUGGACCUAUUCGGGGUCCCUGACUACCCCACCACUCUCUGAGUCUGUCACCUGGAUCAUUAAGAAGCAGCCCAUAGAGGUUGCUCAUGAUCAGGUACGUCCUUCCCACAUUUCUGCAUUGGGAAAUUCUAGUCUGCCCCUUUAUAACAAGGCUGGGCUCAAACUUCGGCAUCGGUUUUUAACAUCUUGUACUGCUUGUUAUAUAUGUUUAUUAAAAUGUGCUAACAUUUUGUCUCAGUUUAGAUAUGGAUUUGGAGAUACUUCAAAUUAACCAGAGAGAGGAGUUAAAACAUAGACAAACAUAAGUUUUUACUUUAAAUUCUUGACAAUAACAUAUAUUUUACUGUAUAUGCAUUGUGUAGAAUCACUAUAAAAGGUAAGACACUUUUUUUAUGGCUGCACCCACAGCA